CAGAGCUGUCUCUUUAAGUUGGUAUCAAAGCCGAUUACCGCUGAUCUCGGUCGUGAUUCUGUUUUUACCGUCUGUUCACUGCAUCUGUUUUUGUUUUACGAUGCUUUCCGAAAUAAAAAAGCCCGUAAAUGUGGCUGAAAUUGUUUUAAUUUUGUGGACUUAUCCGGGCUCGCCGUUGUAAAAGCUGUAAGGGGCUGAUUUGGUGUUUUAACGGUCCAUUUCGGACGGGUAACGUUGUCUGCGUGUGGGCAACUUUCCCCAGCGUUUUCGACAGUCUCUGGGUGAUCUUUUUCACCUCGCUUUUUCCCGUUUAAAGUAGGCUAUCUCGACCACCGCUGAGGACCAUGGGCUCGUGUGACGGGGCGUGAGAGACCGAGCUGGAAAAUGCAGAAAAGUGUGCGGUACAAUGAGGGGCACGCACUCUAUCUGUCCGUGAUCGCGCGCAAAGAGGGAGUAAAACGCGGCUACCUGAGCAAGAAGACGGCUGAGAACAGCCGCUGGAAUGAGAAGUACUUCGCUCUCUACCAGAAUGUCCUGUUCUACUUCGAGAACGAGCAGAGCGCCAGACCGACGGGGAUUUAUCUGCUGGAGGGCUGCACCUGCGAGCGGGUCCCCGCGCCGAAAGUGUCCGCCGUGGGGAGAGACAGCUCGGAUAAGCAGCAGCACUAUUUCCUGGUCAUCUUCGGCCAUGAUGGACAGAAACCUUUGGAGCUGCGAGCCGAAGAGGAUGCAGACUGCAGUGAGUGGGUGGAAGCUAUUCAGCAGGCCAGCUAUUCUGAUCUCAUUAUUGAGCGAGAGGUGCUCAUGCAGAAGUACAUCCACCUGGUGCAGAUCUUGGAAACGGAGAAGGUGGCAGCCAAUCAGCUCCGCACGCAGCUGGAAGACCAGGACACAGAGAUUGAGAGACUCAAGGCUGAGAUUAUUGUCCUAAAUAAAACAAAGGAGAAAAUGCUACCUUAUCAGUCUAAUCAAGAAGAGGAAGACCCUGACAUAAAGAAAAUCAAAAAGGUGCAAAGUUUCAUGCGUGGCUGGCUUUGUCGGAGAAAGUGGAAGCUCAUCGUACAGGACUACAUCUGCUCCCCCCACGCUGAAAGCAUGAGAAAGAGGAAUCAAAUUGUCUUCAACAUGGUGGAAGCCGAGACUGAAUAUGUGCUCCAACUGUCCAUUCUGGUCAACUGCUUCCUGCGACCGCUCAGGAUGGCCGCAAGUUCCAAGAAACCUCCCAUUAGUCACGAUGAUGUCAGCAGCAUUUUCCUCAAUAGUGAGACUAUAAUGUUCCUUCAUGAGAUCUUUCACCAAGGCCUAAAAGCAAGAAUCGCCAACUGGCCAACAUUAGUUUUAGCUGAUCUCUUUGAUAUCUUGCUGCCGAUGCUGAACAUCUACCAGGAGUUUGUGCGGAACCACCAGUACAGCCUGCAGGUUCUGGCUAACUGUAAGCAGAACCGGGACUUUGAUAAGCUGCUGAAGCAGUAUGAGUCCAAUGCUGCUUGCGAAGGCAGAAUGCUGGAGACAUUCCUGACCUACCCCAUGUUUCAGAUCCCACGAUACAUUAUUACACUCCAUGAGCUGCUCGCCCAUACGCCUCAUGAACAUGUAGAACGCAAGAGUCUGGAAUUUGCCAAGUCAAAACUGGAGGAACUUUCCAAAAUGAUGCAUGAUGAAGUGAGCGACACUGAAAACAUCCGCAAGAAUCUUGCCAUUGAGCGCAUGAUAGUGGAGGGCUGUGACAUCCUCCUGGAUACCAGCCAGACCUUCGUACGGCAGGGCUCUCUGAUCCAGCUGCCCUCUGCAGAGAAGGGCAAGCUCAGCAAGGUGCGCUUGGGUUCGCUGUCUCUGCGGAAAGAGGGUGAGCGUCAGUGUUUCCUCUUCACCAAGCACCUCCUCAUCUGCACACGCACAUCUGGUGGCAAGCUGCAUCUACUCAAACAAGGAGGCACACUGUCUCUGAUAGAAUGCACUCUCAUUGAAGAGCUAGAUGCAAAUGAUGAGGAUUAUAAUGCUGCAGGUCAAGGUUUUAGUCAUCUGGAGUUUAAGGUGGUGGUUGAGCCAGUAGAUGGUCCCUCCUUUGCUGUGGUCCUGCUGGCUCCAUCUCGCCAGGAGAAGGCUGCGUGGACCAGUGAUAUAAGCCAGUGCAUCGACAAUAUCCGCUGCAAUGGCCUGAUGACCAGUGUAUUUGAAGAGAACUCCAAAGUCACUGUGCCUCACAUGCUCAAGUCUGACAUACGUCUCCACAAAGACGAUGUGGAUAUUUGCUUCAGCAAGACGCUCAACUCUUGCAAGGUGCCACAGAUCCGCUACGCCAGCGUGGAGCGUCUUCUGGAGAGGCUGACCGACCUGCGCUUCCUCUCCAUUGACUUCCUCAACACCUUCCUGCAUACCUACCGCAUCUUCACAACUGCUGCUGUGGUUAUGGACAAGCUGGCUGAUAUCUACAAGAAGCCUUUCACCUCCAUUCCUGUCAGGAUUCAGUACCACUCAUCUGAUCGUUUGUCCAUCUCCUCCAUCUGUCCCGACUACAGCCUGAAGAUCACAAGGCUUGCCCUGGACCAGUCGAAGUCUCUUGAGCUCUUUUUUGCCACUAACCAGGGCCCCUGGGGCAGCGAGCACCUGAACAACAAGUCCCCCCGACUAUCACGCAAGUUCUCCUCACCCCCUCCUCUUUCCAUCCCCUCCCGCACCUCCUCACCCGUGCACUCCCGCAAGCUCUCGCUCAGCUCCCCCGUGGGAGGGGGAAAGGCCGGAGCUUUGGACUUAUCGGCUGCCUCCUCACCCUCUGCAGCCAGCAGUCCAACCUCCACCUAUAACCCAGUAAUCUCCUCCCCUCCACCCACAUGCACAAAGGCCCCCCUAGACUUGAGUCGGGGCCCAAGCUCACCUGAGUUGGUCCCCACUACACCGGAGGAGGGGGGCGAACUGCCACGCAUUGACGCCUUCUGCGGCAAGCUAAGGAGGAGCAUUCGUCGGGCUGUCUUAGAGUCUGUGUCAUUGGAUAAGUUCAUCCCAGAAACACCCACUUCUGUUGAGGUGGGUGACAUGUCCCCAUGCCGCUCGCCAUCCACUCCCCGGCACCUUCGCUACAGACAGGCAGGGGGUCAGUCCACUGAGAAUUCACGCUGCACCAUGUCCCCUGCCUCUGCCUUUGCCAUUGCCACAGCCGCAGCUGGACACAGCGGCCCGCAAGGUUUCGCCAACCUGGAGAAAUCAUACGACAAAGAGUUCCUCAUUCGCAGGGCUGCCACAAAUAGGGUUCUCAAUGUUCUGCGCCACUGGGUUUCAAAGCACUCACAGGACUUUGAUAUGAAUGGUGAGCUGAAGACUGGGGUGAUCACUCUGCUGGAGGAGGUGCUCAGAGAUCCUGACCUGCUGCCUCAGGAGAGGAAAGCCACAGCCAACAUUCUAAGUGCCCUUUCUCAAGAAGAACAAGAUGACUCCCAGCUUAAAAUCGAAGAUAUUCUCCAAAUGGCUGAAUACCCAAAAACAGAGUGUUUUGAGACCCUCUCUGCCAUGGAGCUUGCUGAGCAGAUCACCUUGCUUGAUCACAUCGUAUUCAGAAGUAUUCCUUAUGAGGAGUUUCUUGGUCAAGGUUGGAUGAAAGUGGACAAAAAUGAGAAAACUCCAUACAUCAUGAAGACCAGCCAGCACUUCAAUGAUAUGAGUAACCUGGUAGCUUCUCAGAUCAUGAUCCACACGGAUGUGAGCUCCAGGGCCAGCUCGAUUGAGAAAUGGCUGGCAGUGGCCGAUAUCUGUCGCUGCCUCAACAAUUACAAUGGGGUGCUGGAGAUUACCUCUGCUCUCAAUCGCAGUGCCAUCUACAGACUAAAAAAGACCUGGGCUAAGGUCUGCAAGCAGACAAAAGCUCUUAUGGACAGACUGCAGAAGAUAGUAUCAUCUGAAGGGAGAUUUAAAAACUUGAGGGAAACCCUAAAAAAUUGCAAUCCACCAUGUGUACCCUAUCUGGGAAUGUACUUAACAGACUUGGCAUUUAUUGAGGAGGGUACACCCAACUUCACAGAGGAAGGGCUUGUUAAUUUCUCUAAAAUGAGAAUGAUUUCUCACAUCAUAAGAGAGAUACGGCAGUUCCAGCAGGCUCCCUACAGGAUAGAGCACCAACCCAAGGUGACACAGUUCCUGCUGGACAAAACCUUUGUUAUGGAUGAGGACACUCUGUACGAAUUGUCUCUUAAGAUCGAACCAAGACUUCCUCCUGCCAACUGACAGCUGACACAUUGUAGAGCUUAUUGUCUGCAUAGAAUUGUCCCCAGUUUGCCAGAACCAAUUAUUUAUUUAAGUGUGGGCUUUGAAUAAGGUACUAGUACACAGCCACCAGAACCAUGUGGGCAGGUGGACAUUUGACCACCACUUUUCAAAGUACUGGGGCGACGACUUUGAUUGAGUUCAGGACACUUACAUCAAAAAGAACCUAAACUACAUGGAGCGCUGGCUGACACAAACAGAGAGUCAAACCCAUUUGCAGAAACAGUCAAAACCUCUGUUUCAGCUCAGAGGUAGGACAUUUCCUUAACAGUAAAUCCUUCAAGAGUUCAUGUUCAGUGAGAGGAGCUGCAGCUCACUGAUCUGGUAAAAAAACAUUUUACUGCAAAAAUACAAAUUAAUGCACUGGGUCACAGUUUAUGUUACUAUGCGAUGUGAAUUUAUGAAAUGUCCAUUUUAAUAUUUAUUACUGCUGCUUUGCUGUACAAAGGCUUUCACACCUACCUUGUUGAAUGUGGACCUAUCGAACAUUGUCUUUAAUUCAGUUUGACGUGUGAACACUCCACCCUUAUUCAGGGCCGUACCAAAGAACUGAACUAUGGACUGGUGACCCUUGUUUGAGUUCACUGCAUCCUGCGUUACAAUGGUUACAAUGGUCCAUACCAAACUAAUUCCACAUCAGAAUGUGCUAUUCACAGUGCACAUCAGUGCUGUACUGUCCAUAUAAUUUGCCUUUUCAACAUUUUACUCUUUACAGACUGUCAUAUAGUUCAUGCAGGAUGAACUGCUGUUAAUAAGGGUAGACAGGCAAUAAAAUAAUAACAACAAUAUGCUUUAAAUGUAGGCGUUGCAGAAGAUUUUUGGCCAAGCAUCAGCAACCUGAUUUGUUACAUUCAAAUUGGUAAACCUAUCAUAAAGAAGCAGAAAUCAAGUAUUGUUAUUCCUUUGUUUUGUUAUACACAAAAACAUUAAGCAUCUCUUUUUUUAUUUUUUCUGUUUCUAUUUUUAUAUGUUCUUGUUAGAUAACAUUAGAGUAACAGUGUAUUUGUGUCUCUGCAAAAUUCUUGACCAAUAAAGAAACAUCCCCCAUGUGUAA